UCCAACAACCUUUUCUCCUAGCCUUGCUUUGGAGCAGCUACUUGAUCUCUGGAAGUCUAACGCGGUGCCGUCUCUUGCACAAAGUAUCCACGGCAAAGUCUGUGCAUGAUGGCGCCGCUCAGGCUUCUCGCCCUAGGAACGCACCUUUCAUGUCGCUAAUGUCUUUGCAGCCUUGCUGACAACGCUAUACAGAUGGAGGGGGGUGCGCAGCCUCGUUAUCCUUCUCAUGCUUAAGAGGCUCAUGUACUUGAUCAACCCUCAGCAUCCACCGAAGCCUUGCGAUGUUUUCGAUAUGAUCGUCGGAACAAGCACUGGUGGUCUUAUUGCUAUUAUGCUUGGGAGGCUGGAAAUGGAUGUAGAAGCAGCAAUAAACGCAUACAAACGGCUCUCGAGACGCGUGUUCACUCCAAAGAAACGAACACAUAUCGGAGGCGCAUUUAUUCACAAAGUACUGGGAUCAGAGACUUUUGACUAUAAAGUUUUGGAGAAAGUCAUUAAAGAAAUAGUCUCAGAACAUCUGGGCUCGGAUACGGCUAGUGGAAAUGUGAAGCUGUAUCAAGACAGGCCAAAAUGUCCGAUUUUCGUAUGUGCCACGACGGUCAAUGGCGACAUACAGCGCUUACGGAGCUAUCCAUCCACGACCGAGGAACCAUUUAACUGUACAAUCUGGGAGGCUGCCAGAGCUACGUCUGCUGCUCCAACUUUCUUCGCGCCAAUCAAAUUCCCGAAUGGGAUGAAGUUUCGCGAUGGUGGGCUCGUUGCGAACAAGCCAAUAUUUGAGCUCAUUAACGAAGUCCGGAAGAAAUAUCCCACCAGAGACAUAUCUGCAAUCGUCAGCUUAGGAACAGGUGUAUCAUCGUCCAUGAAACUUGGUCGGGGAUUGGUUUCGGUUGCGAAACCAUGCUCGAAAAUAGCAAUGAAUACGGAGAAAAUGGCAGAUUCUUUUGCGACACAGUACUCCAUCAACAGGGUAUAUAUCGCCAGAAAUACUUCCGCUUCAAUCCGACCAAUGGUCUCCAGGGAGUGGGUUUAGAUGAGUGGGAAAAAGAGGAUGAGAUGAUGGCAAACACACUCACAUACCUCGGAACGACGGCUCAGGAAGAUAUGUUGGAGAGAUGCAAAACAAGCCUUUUAGAAGAGA